AUGGAGAAAGACGCUCGCCACCAUGAAGUCGAGGACUCUACGAUCGAUAUCACAUCAACCGAGCAGAAGAUUCAAGGCGACGAUGCGCAGCCUAAGCUCGACAAGCAUGGCUUUGCUCUCCUCCCACAACCGUCCGACUCUCCCGGCGAUCCUCUCAACUGGAGUCCAGUCCUCAAGCUCGCUCUCGUCCUCCAGGUCAGCUGGCUUGCCUUUCUCGGGCCCAUGGCUGCCGCCGUUGCCAAUCCGGCGUUCGUGGUCAUCGGUCGAGCCUUUUCGAUCACUACAGUCGAGGCGUCUUACUCUUUGACAGUGUACAUAUGCUUCGCGGGCAUUGGUCCACUGUUACUUGUGCCUUGUGCCAAUGUGUACGGUCGCCGGCCCGUCUACCUGAUCAGCUGUGCGGUCGCCGCUGUGACAAACAUUGCGGCUGGAUACUGUACAACCUGGUCCGGCUUGCUGGCUACGAGAGCAUUCAAUGGAAUAUUCGGAGGUACACCGGGUGCCUUGGGUGCCGCGACGAUCUGUGAUCUAUACUUCAUGCAUGAGCGUGGGUUCUACAUGGGCAUAUUUACGUUGUUCUUGACGAAUGGUCCGCAUGUGGCGCCGCUGAUGGGUGGAUUUGUGGCACAAUACGUGGGUUGGGAAUGGUGUUAUCGAAUUCCGGGCUUCAUGCAACUCGGCACUUUCGUGUUGAUUCUCUUCUGCCUGCCCGAGACUCUGUUUGCGAGAAGCACGUCUGAAGAGCCGCGUCAGGACAGCUCCAUCAUGGCCAGAUUGUUUACGUUCAGGCGCCUGGAUUCGAAUCGAUCUCUUCGCUUUGGCGACUUCAUCCGCCCGAUCACUAUGCUUCGCUACUUGCCCAUCACCCUACCUGGCCUCUACUACAUGACGGCGUUUGGCUACGGCUCGGUCAUCUUUGCGACCACGGGUUCUCAGCUCUUCCGCGAGUUCUAUGGCUUUACCACUUCUCAGACAGGGCUGAUGCUUUCGAUACCACUGCUGAUCGGCUGCUUGAUUGGCGAAGCCAACGCUGGCUGGAUUGUUGAUUACAUGGUGGUCAGGCACGCAAAACACCAUAAUGGAGAGAAGUUGCCAGAAGCGAGGCUCAACCUUCUCUGGCUCGGAUUGCUGGUCCCAGUAGGCUUGAUCAUCGAAGGAGUCUGCUUGAGCAAGCACAAGACUGUGCAUUGGGUUGGAAGUGCGUUUGGAAUGGGUAUUGCGAAUCUGGGUCUGCAGGUUGCAACGACGGUUGUUUACGCUUACACGACUGAUUGCUACAAGCCACAGUCCGCCGAGAUUAGCUUCCUGCUGAAUGCUUUUCGAUCGAUAUUCAGUAUGGUCAUAUCAUUCUAUGCGAUACCACUCGGCGAGAGCAUUGGUUUCCAGUACGCAUGGUUGGUGUUUGCGCUGGUCAACAUCGUCUUCUUCGUUCCCACCAUCGCCCUGAAGUGGGUUGGCCCGGCGCUAAGACAGAAGGGAUGGCAACGACCCCCCAGCGCGAGUUGA